AUGAAUACUAUCAAAUCAAACAAGGCUUGUGCAGCCUGCACACAUCAAAGGAGAAAGUGUUCAAAAGAUUGUCUUUUAGCUCCUUAUUUUCCUGCCAAUAAACCAAAAAUGUUUCACAAUGCUCAUAGUUUGUAUGGUGUUUCUAACAUGGUGAGAAUUCUAAAUGAACUUCCAAAAGAGAAGAGAGAUUUGGCAAUGAGAACCAUUAUUUAUGAGUCAAAUGUUCGCAAGAUAUAUCCAAUUGGCGGAUGUGUUGAUGUUAUUAAGGAAUAUUCUGAUAAGAUAAGCGAGGCUCUUGAAGAGUUAAAUCAAGUAAAAAAGGUUUUAGAUUAUUGUAAAGUAAAUCAUUUACCAUCACAAAAUCUUUCCUCUUCACUACCUUCUCUAAGUUCUCAAAAUCCAAAUCUUCAACCACAUUUUUCAAUAGAUCAUUCUUUGAGAGAUUCUAUUAGUUCUCAAAAUCCAAAUCUUCAACCGCAUUUUUCAAUGGAUCAUUCUUUGAGAGCUUCUACAUAUUCUGAUGUUUCAAAUAUUCCAAUAUUUAACAAUGUCGAGAAUGUUCCUAAUUAUUAUCACAAUAGUGAAAAUAAUAUAGAAACUCUGACGAACGCAACUCCUUCAGAUAUCAUUCUUCGUGAUGUUAACAAUGCUCCGACUAAUACAAAUUUGAAUAUAAAUUCAAUGGAUGCAAUAAGAGUUGCACAAUUGAAUUCUGAUAUUGAUAGGUUUGAUUUCAGUGAUGGACAAUUCUUUGUAGAAUAUGAUUCAUCUCAAAGGAAUUAG